CACAUCACGCUAUAAAUUAGAUCUGAAGUCUGAACCGUAAAUAAAUGACACAUUCUCGUACCAUUAUUUUCCGUCGCCACCUGCCAACGGACGGCACGGCGCGGUCGAUGAGCGACGCCGCGUUUGCCGCGGCGAGCCCCGUUAACCCGCGGGAAGACACUCCCCGCGCGCGCCAGCCAGCCGUGGCAUUCUCCACGCAGAAGUUGCCUGCCUAUCCAUCUCUCCGGUCCUCCUCCCUCUCCUCGUCUCUUCUCUCCUCUCCGGACCCGGGCAGAGCGGGAAGGGGGGAGACUGGGGGAAGGCGAACGAGUCGGGGAGAGAUGGGAUCGGACGCGUCGCCCAAGAAAUGGAGCCUCAAGGAGCAGCGCAACACCUACCUCCAGUGGUUCUCCCUCGCCGACGACGACGGGGACGGGCGCCUGACGGGCAAAGAUGCCCUCAAGUUCUUCGCCAUGUCGAAUCUCUCCAAACCCGAGCUGAAGCAGGUUUGGGCAAUUGCUGAUUCCAAACGCCAGGGAUAUCUUGGAUUCUACGAGUUUAUGACUUCUAUGCAGCUGGUUUCUCUCGCACAAGCAGGGAAUGAGAUCAGUCAAGAAACCAUUGCAAAUGCAGAUUUAGAGAGGUUACAGCCCCCUACAAUGGAAGGUCUGGAUAAAAAACUAAAAAAGAACUCUGCAAGCAAGGGCGACUCCACUAUUGUUGCAUGUCACCCAUCAGAAUCACCCAUAUCUGCUAGCUGGUUUAACUCCAAGUCAGGAAAGAAGAUCCCUUUAAAAUCAGUCACUUCUAUCAUCGACGGGCUAAAGAAAUCAUACAUUGAGAAGUUGAGGCCCUUAGAAAAGACUUAUCAAUUCCACGACUUUGUUUCUCCUUUGCUGACUAGCAGCGAUUUUGAUGCGAAGCCAAUGGUCAUGCUGUUGGGUCAAUACUCCACGGGAAAAACCACAUUCAUAAAGCAUUUACUGAAGACAAGUUAUCCAGGUGCUCAUAUUGGACCAGAACCUACAACAGACAGAUUUGUUGUCAUUACUUCUGGACCGGAUGAAAGAUGCAUUCCUGGAAACACAAUUGCCGUCCAAGCUGACAUGCCAUACAGUGGCUUGUCAUCUUUCGGAACCGCAUUUUUGUCGAAAUUUGAGUGUUCUCAGAUGCCGCACCCAUUACUAGAGCAUGUAACCUUCGUGGAUACUCCUGGAGUUUUAUCAGGGGAAAAGCAGCGAACUCAGCGCAGCUAUGAUUUCACUGGAGUUACAUCAUGGUUUGCAGCCAAGUGUGACCUUAUUCUUCUCCUGUUUGAUCCGCAUAAGCUUGACAUCAGCGAUGAGUUCAAGCGUGUGAUUGGGUCUCUCCGAGGGCAUGAUGACAAAAUACGCAUAGUUCUCAACAAAGCCGACCAAGUUGAUGCACAACAGCUGAUGAGAGUGUAUGGAGCACUAUUAUGGUCGCUCGGGAAAGUCCUGAACACACCAGAAGUUAUGCGUGUCUACAUAGGUUCAUUCAACGACAAGCCGAUCAAGGAGACAGCAGCUGGCCCACUGGGAAUGGAGCUGUUCCAGAAAGAACAAGAUGACUUGCUCUCUGACCUGAACGACAUCCCUAAGAAGGCUUGUGACCGUCGGAUCAAUGAAUUUGUGAAGCGUGCGAGGUCUGCCAAAGUUCACGCGCAUAUAAUCAACCAUCUGAAGAAAGAGAUGCCGGCACUGAUGGGCAAAGCCAAGGCUCAGCAGAAGCUGCUCGAUAGUCUCGACGAACAAUUUGCCAAGGUUCAGAAGGAACUGCACUUGCCAUCUGGGGAUUUUCCCAGCGUGGAGGAGUACAGGGAGAUUCUAAGCGCUUACAACUUCGACAAGUUCGAGAAGCUGAGGCCUAAGAUGGUGCAAGGCGUCGAUGACAUGCUGGCCUACGACAUUCCAGAACUCCUGAAGAAGUUCAGGAACCCUUACGACUGAACGAUGGAUCCUCCCAGGUGGCAACACUGCAAUGGCUCGACUUGGCGACAGUUCCAGCAACGUGCUCCGAUGCGGAGAUGAUUGAGCAGGGAAGGUUGCACGUUGUGAAUCCAUCUCUCUCUGGAUGUUUCAAACGAUAAAAUCCACAGCUCGUGUAACCAGAAGGCACUAUCAGCUAUCUUUCUUGUUCUCUUUCUCUCACUCAUCCGAAAAAAGCAAUGUUGGAUUGAUCGGACUUGGGCCUCCAAGUCAUACUCCAUCUGCUUUUGGGCUCAGCCCAGCGACACGGCACAAUCAAUAGACAGAGGUAAAAAAGAAUAUUAAAUUAGUCAAAUCAUGUGCUUAAUGACUAUCCCCCUUGGCCCCUUCUUCACUUCAC